GCGUCGGGAGGACAACAUGGCCGCGGACUGCGGAGGGAAACCUCUGCAAAACGCCAUGAAAAUGGCCAAAGUCGCGAUCCAGCUGGACGGAGGAAGCAAGCACAAGGACGCUUACUGUCAAUACCUCCGGACCAUCAACUACAUCUCCCAGGCCCUGCUGGAGGAAGCUGCGCCGCAACAGGAGAGGGAGGAGGUGGUGGAGGUGGUGGUGGAGGUGGAGCGGAUGUUGAGGCUCGCCGAGCAGUGUCUGGAGCGAGCCAAGUCCUUUAUAGAGAAGAGUGCUGACCCCAUUGACCUCUCAGCAGCCGCUUCCUGUUCACCUGCAGACCUCCCGGUCGCCACGGCUACAGACACCGGAACGAGCCCAGCGAAGACCGGUCGCCGCCGGUCGCUGUCAGACGGCGGCGGUGAGCCCCCCCCGUUCCUCCCCCCCGACGUCUUCCAGAAGCUACAAACCGAGGAGUCACAGGACACGAGCAGAAAGGAGCUGACACCCAUUGAACAAGCUUCGCGUCAGAACCAGAAGUUAAAAGCAAACUAUGCAGCUCGUCUGGCGCGGCUGCCCCCGGGUCAGGCCAAUCAGAAGACGUCUCUGAAGCUGUCCCUCCAGCGGCAGAUGAUGGAGAACCUCAUCAUAGCCAAGGCUCGGCAGGAUGCUCUUCAGAGGAAGAUGGAGGAGAGGAGGCUCCGGCUGCAGGAAGAAGCAAACAGGAGGUUCUCAGCGUCCGGGGCGAUGACUGCAGAGGAGCAGGAGCAGCGCUGCCUCUACACCAACGUGCUGGAGUAUGAGCAGGACCACGAUUGGCCCAAACUGUGGAAAGCAAACAUGAAGGGGAAUCCUGAGGAUGUCACCUUAGUGUCCCGUCUGGUCUCUUACCUGCUCAGCCGCUCGGACCAUCCGGUGGUGCAGCUGCUGAGGAAGCAUCAGUACCGUGUUUACAACCGGCUCUACCCCAUCGUGAGUAAAGGUCGCGUCCAGAGUCCGGCUCUGCUGCUGCGACCCGCUCAGCUUCCAGAGACCCAGAGGAGGAGCGUCAGCACCGUGAGCUUCAGCACCGGCUUGUCCUCCUCGCCGUCUCGUGACUUCCACGCUGACUCUGAUGAGGAGGGGGAGGAGCCUCACACCCAGGCCUCAGUGGACCGGGAGAACUCGUUUGAAGAUCUUGAGCAGUUCCUGACUCAGCUGGACUGGGCUCCGCCCGACGGCGGCGCCGAUGACGAGCCGCCGUGCGACCCCUCGAGUCUGAGCCAGGUCCAGGUCCAGGGGCAGGAGAUGCGGGCGCUGAAGGAACAUCUGAAGGCCACUGUGAAGGACAUUCAUAUCGCCAUCGAUCAGCUUCUGUCUCUGUGUCUGCUGUCGUUCGAGUGUCUGAACACGUCCAGCUCCAGAGACCUGUGCCUGGCCAGCAUCGAGGAGGCAUUCUUCACGCCCCUGUGGAGCGCCCUGCUGACGCUCUUCAGGAAGGUCAACAUGGAGAGAGAACAGGCCUUUGAGACGAGUAUGACUCUUUACCAGGAGGCCUCACCUGGAGACAUCGGCGUUCCUCUUAAAUUAUUCCCCCAAGAACCCGAUGCACUGCAAGGUUCCUACCCCUACGAGUCUGCGGUUCAGGAGCUCAAGCUGCUCAUGAAUGACUGCUGCCCUCAGAAGAAGCUGGAAUGUAUCGUUCGAACCCUGCGUGUGAUCUGUGCGUGUGCAGAGGAUUACAGAUGUCUGCAUGAGGGCGACUCCGCACCCAGAACCGCCGCCAUCGGCGCCGACGACCUGCUGCCCAUCCUGUCCUACGUGGCCCUGCGGAGCCAGUGUCCUCAGCUGCUGUCUGAGUGUGCGGCUCUGGAGGAGUUCAUCCACGAAGGCUACCUGAUCGGAGAGGAGGGCUACUGUCUGACCUCGCUGCAGAGCGCCUUGGCCUACGUGGAGUCGCUGCACUCCACGCAAGCUCCGCCUCCUGCUGACAAGCUCGGAUGAAACAGGAAACGAGUCUGACCUGUGGGAACUGAGGAUUAAAUGUGAAUGAGACAAACGCAUGUGCUUCAUCAGAGUGCAUGGGACUGAUGUGACGUCGGGGGGGUGCUGUAUAAAACCUGAAUUGACAGAAUCUGGGAAACAGCAGCAAAACCAGCUUCACACUGAGGAACUGGAAUCAGGCUUUUCCCUCCGGAGACUUUAGAGAACUAAUGAAUGAACUUUGGUCUGAUGAGGCGUUCAGGGUCACUCUGGAUAUUUGAGUUGUGAGAGGUCAGGAGGUGGAUGAGCACAGGAGGAACUGCUGUGAAGUAACUUUCACACGCAGGAGAAAUGAGAGCUGCUAUUUAUUGUAGGUUAUAAAACUGUUGCACUUUGUGAGUUAGUGAGUUUUGCCCGUGAGACGUGUUUCAAGCCUCAGUCACAGUCGACCUUUUGAAUUUCACUUUUCAUUCUUAUUUUUAACAAAGCAAAGCUCAAAUUUCACCUUUUUAGUUUCACAGCCUAUUUUAUACUUUUACCCGUUUCUCAAUGAAAACCCAACUGAUACUUAUAUACUUACGAUGGUAAAGGGAUUGUGUCAUAUUGAUGAGUUCAUACUUUUAGAUUUGUUUUCAAGAUCUUCUAACAGUUUGGUUUUUAAAUCCGUGCAGACCUGAGAGACUGUGGUUUGUUUUUAUAGCUUGAACUUUAAAAUGUGUCUUUAGACGAAUGAGACGAAAAUAACAUGAAACCAACUUGAUGUCCAGGAAGGAGAUUUUAUAUUGUGCUAUUAAACUAGAGACUGAGCAGUUGUUAUAUUAUUAUGAGUGUUAUGAAUCCACAUCCUGAGCAGACUUCUCAUCUUCUCACUGCAGAGCAACCACAGUUUUAUAUUUUGUCAUUUUAUUUUGUUGGCUUUGUUUUUCUUUAAUUUACUUUUUAACAUGAAUUAAAUUUAGUCCAGAUACAAAAGAAGUGAAACAAUGUCUGUUAUUUUUACAUAACUACUAAAAACACAAGUGUAUGUAAUAACCCUGAAUGUAAUUAUAAUGUAAAUGGCAGAACGCUGUGAUAUUUUGCAAAGUGGCUGAAACCACUCGUGUAAAUGAAUUGUACAUUUUGUUAUAAUGUGAAUAUUAUUUCAUUAUUAAACUAAUUUACUGUGAA